GGGGCGGCACUGUGUUCCUUAAAAGGGAGAAUACAUUUUCUCCCCACCUAUCCCAUGUAGAGCCUUCUUUUACCAGGGAUGGGGAAAGGCGUCCCGGGACCGCCGGUGGCUCCGCCCUUUCCUGGGGGGGGCGGCACGCGACGCCGGAAGUGGGUGGGGGUAAUAUGGAGGAGUUUCCGGCCGGCCCCGGCGGCUGAAAGCCGGGGCUGAGGCGCUUCUCCGGCUCCGGGUCCUGUCUCAGUCCCGCCGAGGCGGCGACUGCGACUGCGACUGCGGUAGGAAGAAGGUGUUGGGCGCGCUGGCCCGCAGCUGCUACCCAUUUCAGUUAAAAAUGAACUAUAUGCCCGGCACCGCCAGCCUCAUCGAGGACAUCGACAAAAAGCACUUGGUCCUGCUUCGUGAUGGGAGGACACUUAUAGGCUUUUUAAGAAGCAUUGAUCAAUUUGCUAACUUAGUGCUACAUCAGACUGUGGAGCGUAUUCAUGUGGGCAAAAAGUACGGUGAUAUUCCUCGAGGAAUUUUUGUGGUCAGAGGAGAAAAUGUGGUCCUACUAGGAGAAAUAGACCUGGAAAAGGAGAGUGACACACCCCUCCAGCAAGUAUCUAUUGAGGAGAUCCUGGAAGAACAAAGGGUGGAACAGCAGACCAAGCUGGAAGCCGAGAAGCUGAAAGUCCAGGCCCUCAAGGACCGCGGCCUGUCCAUUCCUCGGGCAGAUACUCUUGAUGAGUAUUAAGUCUUUGGCUCAGGCAGUUGCUCUUGGGGAGCAGGAGCUGUCAGAGAAUGCAAAUGACAGCCUGGUUCCCUCACACAUUCGGCUAGAGACUGUAGGGUUCUGAAGUCAUUUUUAUUUUGAAUUCUUUCACAGAGGCACCAUGAAGAAAUCACAUGGCUUUUUUUUUUCCUUUUUAAUAACAGAAUCAUUGUUUAAAGGGACAAUGGCAUGGACUCCUUUCUCACAUCCCUGUGGAGCCAGCAGCUGCUGCUUUAGAUUGCUCUUGUCAUCCCCAGUUAGAGUGUAUAGGGGACAUUCUUCAUUUACUUGUAAAUAAAAUAUGAAUCUCAAGUCA